AUGAGCAAUACGCGCCUUUGGGUACUUGCGUUCGCGUCGUGCGCCAGCUACGGCGCUGUCGCUCGCUCAACUUCUCUUGACCUGGACCCCUUCUUCAACAACCAAGCGUUCGGCACUUACCCUGGGCAAUCCGCAUUCGACAGCCUGAAUCAAUCGUACCCGGCUGCGAUAUCAUAUUAUGCAGGCAAUGAAACGUUCGUCUCGAGUUCGGGUAUAGAGUACAUUGCGCCUGGCUACCGUGGAUCUUCGACACCAGAUAAUGUCAUAUGCGCAGGGCAGACAAUUACUCUGGAGAGACCAAGGAGGGCGUUUGCGCUGUCAGUGCUACAUUCGAGCGAUGUAAGGAAGAAGACUAUAUUAGGGAAUAUUACCUUCACGUAUAGCGAUAAUACAACGUCCAUAGCAGAAUUACGAAGCGAGCCAUGGUGGUCUUUUCUAGCCAUCAACAAGGGCGAGAUUGUGUACGACAAGUUCUACACAAAGAACGCGACGAACUUCAACACCAGCCAUAUUUUUGAGCUCGAAGCUGCGCUGUUUCCUGGCAAAGAAUUGACGGCUAUCACCCUGCCGAACACAACCAAUGCUACUACCGGACGGAUCCAUGUGUUUGCAGCUUCGCUGUGGGAGAAUGAUCAUGAAGCAAGCGUAGACGUGCAGAGUGUGAAGCCAACGCAGAAGUGGAUUGACUAUGGCCACACGAGGAGUCAGGUUGUUGAGGUGACUGUGAACAACGCAGGGACGGAAUGUGUGCACGGCGACGGACUGGCAGUAUCUAUCAAGGGGACAGACGUGAAAACCGUGAAACCUGGACACAUCAAGCGACUUUGUCCAGGGGAUCAAAAGAGCGUAACAGUAUCUGUCACGGGAUCAGGAGAAUGCACCACCGACGUACACAUCACGUACCAAGACAUCACCACAACCCACACCUUUAACGACCUAUCGUUCGGCUUGACGAAUUGGACCGACACCACAUCGGACCUCGCUCGCCACGAAUCGCCUCAGUGGUUCGACGACGCAAAGUUCGGCAUCUUCAUCCACUGGGGCCCGUACUCCGUCCCCGCCUGGGGCAACUCCACGCCCUACGAGUCAUACGCAGAGUGGUUCUGGUGGUACACCACACAUCCCGAAGGCGACAAAUCUGGGUUUAGGGACUACCGCCUGCGCACAUACGGCCCGGACCUCAACUACGACGACUUCUUCGCCAACUUCACCGCGGCUAAGUACGAGCCGAAAGACUUGGUUGAUCUGAUCGCAGAUUCGGGAGCGAAGUAUUUUGUGAUCACGACGAAGCAUCACGAUGGGUUUGCGAUGUUUGAUGCUGGAAACACAACGAAUCGCUCGAGCUUGCACUACGGUCCGCGCAGGGACGUCGUUAAGGAGCUCUUCAACGCAGCAAAAACAUACCAGCCGGCUCUCAAGCGCGGAACAUACUUCUCUCUACCAGAGUGGUUCAAUCCGUCCUGGGGCAAGUACGGCUUCGCGCAGUACGGGCCCGAGAACCCAGGCGGAACCACGCAUCCAGGCAUCAUCGCGAGAAAUCCGUUUACCAACGAGACGGAGCCGUAUACGGGGUACAUCCCAGUCGAAGAUUUCAUCCAAGAUGUCAUGGUCCCGCAGAUGGACAUCCUAGCCUACAACUACGAAACGGAAAUCAUGUGGUGCGACGCCGGGGCGUCGAACGGGACUGCCGACUUCGCGUACAGAUGGUGGAACUGGGCGAGAGAGCAAGGCCGCGACGUAGCGAUUAAUUCGCGGUGCGGCACCGCGGAGGUGAAUGACUUCGAUACGCCCGAGUACGCUACCUUUGCGACUGCGCAGAGGAGGAAGUGGGAAAGCAAUCAGGGCAUGGACCCCUUCUCCUACGGCUAUAACCGCGCGACGCCGGACGAAGAAUAUAUGAAUGCUACAACGCUCAUUACGACGCUCGUUGAUAUGGUUUCUAAGAAUGGGAAUCUACUCUUGAACAUCGGACCGCGCGCGGAUGGGUCAAUCCCGCAGCCUGAGAUUGAUGCGCUACGUGAGGCAGGCGUUUGGAUCGCAGAGCACGAAGAAGCGAUCUUCAACACGACGUAUUGGUUCCAGAAGGCGGAGGUGAGGGAUGGGAAGACGAAUGUGAGGUUCACGCAGACGGAUGAUGCGUUGUACAUCACCAGCUUGGAGCAACCGAGCGAGAAGCUGGUCGUGCAGGCUCCGAUGCCAAUCUUGGAAGGCGACCAGGUCAGCUUGUUAGGGGUGGAAGGAGGAGAGCAGCUGGAAUGGAAGUUUGAGGACGGCGCGCUCACCAUUCUGUUCGAUGAGAGUUUGAUAGAGAGCGGAAAACAUGCUUGGGUCUUUAAGAUUGAGUAUCUGGCUUGA